UAAUCGCCAAGCGAAAUGACCGUGGGUCGCUCGCUCGCUCGCUCUCGUGGUCAGCUCUCCUCAUUUCACCAGCAGGCCUCUUUAAAUCGCCACCCAUUCUCGCUGCUUUUCCUCGUCAACAAAUCUCUCCCUCUCUCAUUCUCGCUGCUUUUCCUCGUCAACAAAUCUCUCCCUCUCUCCCUCUCUCUUACACACCACUGCAAAUUAGCUUCCAGCUAAAAAACACAAAAAUGGCGGCACUUCCAAAAUCUCCAGUACGCGACCCGGCUUUCGAUGUCGACAAGCUCACCAACGAAAUCUUCUCGAUCCUCGAGAACAAGUUCCUGUUCGGCUACGACACCCCCAACUUCGCCGUCCCAAAACCCCAACCUGGCAAGCUCGCCGCCGGCAAAGUCAGGAUCCUCUCCAUUGACGGCGGCGGCGCCACCGAUGGAGUCCUUGCCGCAAAGUCCCUCGUCCACCUCGAGGCGUCCCUCCGCCGGAGGUCCGGCAAUCCGAAUGCUCGUAUCGCCGACUUCUUCGAUGUUGCUACCGGUUCCGGCGCCGGCGGGAUCCUGGCCACGCUGCUCUUCAUGCGUCGGAAGGAUGCCAGAGAAGGCAGUCCCACGAUCACGGCGGAGGAGGCUCUGGGGUUCCUCGUCCGCUGCCGGAAGGCGUCCUGCUGGCGGAUAUUCCGGCGUCGGUGGCCGGCGGGCAGGGCCGAGAAGAAACUGCUGAGAGAGGCGUUCGCGGACGAGCUUACGAUGCGAGACACGGUCAAGCCGGUUCUGAUCCCUUGCUACGACCUCGAGUCCCACGCACCCUUUGUGUUCUCACGCGCGGACGCACUCGAGAUGGACGGCUAUGAUUUCAAGCUGAGGGACGUGUGCGCCGCGACGAUGGCAGAGAGGCCGUUGGAGCUAAGGUCAGUCGACGGGAGGACGAGAAUAGUGGCAAUCAAUGGGCGGGUGGCGAUGAACAAUCCGACGGCCGCGGCCAUCACGCACGUGUUGAAUAAUAAGCAGGAGUUCCCGUUUUGUAACGGCCCGGAGGACUUGCUGGUGCUCUCCCUGGGGAAUGGCGGGUCGGAUUUUGAAGACCCGAGCUGGUCAGGGCUCGCUCGGAUCACUGAAGAUGGAGCUUCUGCCAUGGUGGAUCAAGCUGUGUCCAUGGCAUUUGGUGAAUCAGGAAAGCACAAUUACGUCCGCAUUCAGGCGAAUGGUGUCGCCGCAAGAAGGCAAGGCCUCGCCAAUUAUCAGAAGACCAGAGACAUAUUGGAAAGCACAGAGGAGAUGUUAGCGCAGAGGCAUGUAGAGUCGGUACUAUUCCAAGGGAAGAAGAUAGGGGAGAGUACCAACAUAGACAGACUGGAGCUAUUUUCCGGAGAAAUCCUCAAGGAGGAAGAGAGGAGGAAAACCAGCAUACUGCCGACGGUCGUUCUGAAGCGGAGCUCCCCUCAUUCGCCGAGAACAUCGUCUGCCACUUCUCUCUCUAUUUCGUCUUCAGUGUAGAUCGGGAAGAAGCUAAGAAAAGCAUGGGCGGGGGAGGCUGGCGAAUGUGCUCACGGAUAAGGCUUUUGGUAGAAUUUGUAUUGUCGAAUCGAUUCAUCUGUAGCGGCUUGAUGGCGGUGAAUAGAAAUCGCGCCCCCGAGUUUGAGCUGGAGCAAUUCGUUAAGCAGGGGUGACUUUGGCACCCAGUCAACUUCGUUUGGUUAAACUAAUUUAAUCAGGUGAAGGCUCGGUUAUGAGUUCAGUGGCCAAGGAGAUUAGAGUUUUUCUUUUGUUUUUUCGUUUGUGCCCCCAACUUGUAUUGGGACAGUCGAUAUGGAUCCUGGCGUUGAGCUUUGACUUACGGAUGACAUUCCAAGUAAAUUUAGAAGCACUAGUGUUAUUUCGUGUUAGCCUUCGAUAUUCUUCGUAAGGUCCUCAUAAAUGAGAAGAAGCAAAGAUACUCAUGCCAAAAA